AUGCAGCACGGCGUCUUCGGCGCCGUCGCGGCCGCGGACGCCGUCGUCGCGGCGCUCGACGCCCUGCCGCGCGCGGCGCCGCGGGGCGGCGCGCCGACGUGGCCGCCGCCCGCGCCGCGGGUCCUCGCGGCCGCGCCGCCGGGGCCCGGCGGCGGCGCGGUCGCCCGCGCGAAGCCCUUCGCGUUCGCGUGGCCGUCGGCGCGCGCGCUCGGCGUGCUCAUGAUCGACUGGCAGCGCGACUUCCUCGACCCGGAGGGCUUCGGCGCGUCGCUCGGCAACGACGUCGCGCCGCUCCGGUCGGCCGUGCCCGCGGCCGCGCGCGUGCUCGAGGCCGCGCGGGCCCGGGGCCUCUUCGUCGCGCACACGCUCGAGGCCCACGCCGCGGACCUCGGCGACUGCCCGCCGUCGAAGAAGCGGCGCUGCGAAGCCAUCGGCGAGACCCUCGACGCGUCGCGGGGCCGCGUGCUCGUCCGCGGCGAGCCGGGCAACGCCGUCGUCCCGGAGCUCGCGCCGGCGGCGGGCGAGCUCGUCGUCCACAAGCCCGGCAAGGGCGCCUUCUACGGCACGACGCUCGAGCGGGACCUCCGCGCGGCCGGCGUCACGCACCUCGUCGUCACGGGCGUCACGACGGAGGUCUGCGUCCAGUCCACGCUCCGCGAGGCCAACGACCGCGGCUUCGACUGCCUCCUCGUCGAGGACGCGACGGAGUCCUACUUCCCGGCCUUCAAGCGAGCGACGCUCGACAUGGUCGUCGCCCAGGGCGGCAUCGUCGGCUGGACCGCGACGGCCGGCGACGUCGCCGCGGCGCUCGCCGCGGCCGCGUAA